CUGAACCAGUUGGACGUGGGUAGAGAGUAGUAGUUUGAAGUGACUGAGUGACCCAGCGAGCUGAGCUUUAGUGUUUCCUGUAGUUAAAGGCAGAUUUCCCCAGUUCAGUAAAACCUCUCGGUACCUGGCGUGUGAUCCAGCCACUGGAGUGAGUCUGAUAAUUCCCAUUAUUUACAGACAUCACUGAAGUAAUCUGUGCUGGCAGACGGCCGGAAGGUGUUUCUAAAGGAAAAUAAACCAGCGUGCUUCCCGCCGUGUUGUUAGUGGCGGCCAGCCAGUCUGCAGGGGGGCCCCACUGACCCGCAGGCAUGGAGGUGAACGGCACGACCAACAUUUUGUCCUCUGCGUACCUGGCCGUGGAGUACGUGGACUCGCUGCUGCCGGAGAACCCUCUGCAGGUGCCGGUGAAAGCGGCGUGGAACCACAUGCUUCAGAACUACAGCAAGUUUCAGAUCGCAACGUGGGGCUCCCUCAUCGUCCACGAGCUCAUCUACUUCCUUUUCUGCCUGCCGGGCUUCAUCUUCCAGUUCCUGCCGUUCAUGCAGAAGUACAAGAUUCAGCAGGAUAAACCAGAGACAUGGGAGUUGCAGUGGAAGUGCUUUAAGAUGCUCCUCUUCAAUCACUUCUUCAUCCAGCUGCCGCUCAUCUGUGGCACAUACUACUUUACUGAAUUCUUCAGCAUCCCUUAUGACUGGGAGUCCAUGCCCCGCUGGCCGUAUCUGCUGGCUCAGUGUUUUGGCUGUGCAGUGAUUGAGGAUACGUGGCACUACUUCCUCCACAGAGCUCUGCACCACCGCAGAAUCUACAAAUACAUCCACAAAGUCCACCACGAGUUCACGUCGCCGUUUGGGAUGCAGGCUGAAUACGCUCACCCUCUCGAGACCAUUAUCCUGGGGGCAGGGUUCUUCAUCGGCAUCAUGGUGUUCUGCAAUCAUGUGGCUCUCCUUUGGGCGUGGGUCACUGUCCGCUUGCUGGAGACCAUCGACGUGCAUAGUGGAUAUGAUAUCCCUCUGAACCCGCUGCACCUGAUCCCGUUCUACGCUGGCGCGCGCUUCCAUGACUUCCACCAUAUGAACUUUGUGGGCAACUACGGCUCGACAUUCACCUGGUGGGACAGACUCUUUAACACCGACUCCCAGUACAACAAAUACUCAGACAAACAGGCUGUGAAGAAAGACGAGUAACACGUUCGCGAGUGUGUUACAGAGCGGACUGAACGGAUGUCGGUGAAUUAAUAGCCGCAUCCUAGAUUUCACCCCUUGUGCCUUUUAAAGGGAAGACACUCACAUACAUAGUAGGGUGACUGCUUUGCUGUGUCUGUACCUCACUCACACAAUAUGAGAGUGGCUGUUGUGAUCUGAAGGGACCGUCAGGAUUGGCUUCCUUCAGUGUCAUUAUUCAGUACUGCAGAAAUCGCUGUUAAAUAAUAACGACGUCAUUCCUCAGAGCACUUUACAUUUCCCUCGUAUGAAAUGCUUUGUCUUUUGAAUGUUUUGUUAAAGGUUUUUCUCUUAACCGAGUCCCUGCUGGAGAUCUCACAGAGGAUACGAUGCUUUCAGGUGGAAUGCUGCGUACACUGAAACCCUUUGUGGAAAUUCAUAGCUAAAGAUAUUAUCAUUUUUUAAAAAAAAGAAAACGUUUACUCUUUCUGAAGUGCGACAGGAUAUGCGGUGUGUUAUCCUAUAGGCUGUAUGACAUUACAUCUGAUAAGGCAGACUGAAUAAACUGGUGAGAAAUAUCCAUUUUCUGACCGUUUGGCCUCAUUCGCAUUAUGUUUUGUGUGUAUGUCACUUUCAGUGAAAGUUCUCGUGCACAUUUAAAUACUGUGGUAUUUAUACAUCUGGGUUGGGCAAAGCAGCGGAAAUGCAUCAAUACUUACAGCCACAAUAUGCAUCUUGAUAUUUUGUUUUUUGGAGGUUUGAUGAGCUGUAACACAGAAAUAGGACCAGCAGUGCCAUAUUUAAUAAAAUACUAUCAAAACC